GGGGUUGGAGCUUUGGGGCAGGAUAUAGGGAUAUGUGCCACUUUUGACAUGCCGGUUCAUUGCCUUUCCCAUCGAUGAACCGGGCUGAGAUUUGGUCUACCCCCCAUUUUCGGGUAUGCUGAAUCUAGAAAUAGUAAUGAACCAGCGAUCGGACAUUCCUAUCAAAAGUUAUGGCGAAGUGAAAAUUUCCCAUUGAAAAUGAAUGGGAGCGGAAAAAUGGCCAAAGUCAGUGUUUGCAAGUGUUCUACUUGUCUGGAAAUGUUGAAAAUGCAUUGUGAGCACGUUUCAGGCCAUUUCCUGUCAUUUGAGGGCGACUUUGCAAAAAGGGGUGUCCUACCGCUUUUGACCAGAGGUGGCGCUGCACAUGUCCGACGGUUAGGGUUAGGGUGAGACUUUGGGCAAGGGGUUAGGGUUAGGGCUGGAGCUAUGGUUAGGGUUAGUUGUGGAGCUAGGGUUGGAGCUAGGGUUAGGGUUAGGGUUAGGGUUAGGGUUAGGGUUAGGGUUAGGGUUAGGGUUAGGGUUAGGGUUAGGGGUUAGGGUUAGGGUUAGGGUUAGGGUUAGGGUUAGGGUUAGGGUUAGGGUUAGGGGUUAGGGUUAGGGUUAGGGUUAGGGUUAGGGUUAGGGUUAGGGGGUUAGGGUUAGGGUUAGGGUUAGGGUUAGGGUUAGGGUUAGGGUUAGGGUUAGGGUUAGGGUUAGGGUUAGGGUUAGGGUUAGGGUUAGGGUUAGGGUUAGGGGUUAGGGUUAGGGUUAGGGUUAGGGUUAGGGUUAGGGUUAGGGUUAGGGUUAGGGUUAGGGUUAGGGUUAGGGUUAGGGUUAGGGUUAGGGGUUAGGGUUAGGGUUAGGGUUAGGGUUAGGGUUAGGGGUUAGGGGUUAGGGUUAGGGUUAGGGUUAGGGUUAGGGUUAGGGGUUAGGGUUAGGGUUAGGGUUAGGGUUAGGGUUAGGGGUUAGGGUUAGGGUUAGGGUUAGGGUUAGGGGUUAGGGUUAGGGUUAGGGUUAGGGUUAGGGUUAGGGGUUAGGGUUAGGGUUAGGAUAUAGGGAUAUGUGCCACUUUUGACAUGGCGGUUCAUUGCCUUUCCCAUCGAUGAACCGGGCUGAGAUUUGGUCUACCCCCCCAUUUUCGGGUAUGCUGAAUCUAGAAAUAGUAAUGAACCAGCGAUCGGACAUUCCUAUCAAAAGUUAUGGCGAAGUGAAAAUUUCCCAUUGAAAAUGAAUGGGAGCGGAAAAAUGGCCAAAGUCAGUGUUUGCAAGUGUUCUACUUGUCUGGAAAUGUUGAAAAUGCAUUGUGAGCACGUUUCAGGCCAUUUCCUGUCAUUUGAGGGCGACUUUGCAAAAAGGGGUGUCCUACCGCUUUUGACCAGAGGUGGCGCUGCACAUGUCCGACGGUUAGGGUUAGGGUGAGACUUUGGGCAAGGGGUUAGGGUUAGGGCUGGAGCUAUGGUUAGGGUUAGUUGUGGAGCUAGGGUUGGAGCUAGGGUUAGGGUUAGGGUUGGAGCUAGGGUUAGGGUUAGGGUUAGGAAAAUGUGAAGAUUUUCCCAAAAUCUGAAGAUUUUCCUAAGUGCGGACCCAAUUUUUCACCUUCCAGAAUUGUGUUAGGAGCACGUUUCAGGCCACGGGGAGUCCAUAGAACCUGAUUCUGGGUGAAGUUUUCGGGGGUUGGAGCUUUGCGGCAGGAUAUAGGGAUAUGUGCCACUUUUGACAUGCCGGUUCAUUGCCUUUCCCAUCGAUGAACCGGGCUGAGAUUUGGUCUACCCCCCCAUUUUCGGGUAUGCUGAAUCUAGAAAUAGUAAUGAACCAGCGAUCGGACAUUCCUAUCAAAAGUUAUGGCGAAGUGAAAAUUUCCCAUUGAAAAUGAAUGGGAGCGGAAAAAUGGCCAAAGUCAGUGUUUGCAAGUGUUGUACUUGUCUGGAAAUGUUGAAAAUGCAUUGUGAGCACGUUUCAGGCCAUUUCCUGUCAUUUGAGGGCGACUUUGCAAAAAGGGGUGUCCUACCGCUUUUGACCAGAGGUGGCGCUGCACAUGUCCGACGGUUAGGGUUAGGGUGAGACUUUGGGCAAGGGGUUAGGGUUAGGGCUGGAGCUAUGGUUAGGGUUAGUUGUGGAGCUAGGGUUGGAGCUAGGGUUAGGGUUAGGGUUGGAGCUAGGGUUAGGGUUAGGGUUAGGAAAAUGUGAAGAUUUUCCCAAAAUCUGAAGAUUUUCCUAAGUGCGGACCCAAUUUUUCACCUUCCAGAAUUGUGUUAGGAGCACGUUUCAGGCCACGGGGAGUCCAUAGAACCUGAUUCUGGGUGAAGUUUUCGGGGGUUGGAGCUUUGGGGCAGGAUAUAGGGAUAUGUGCCACUUUUGACAUGCCGGUUCAUUGCCUUUCCCAAUGAUGAACCGGGCUGAGAUUUGGUCUACCCCCCAUUUUCGGGUAUGCUGAAUCUAGAAAUAGUAAUGAACCAGCGAUCGGACAUUCCUAUCAAAAGUUAUGGCGAAGUGAAAAUUUCCCAUUGAAAAUGAAUGGGAGCGGAAAAAUGGCCAAAGUCAGUGUUUGCAAGUGUUCUACUUGUCUGGAAAUGUUGAAAAUGCAUUGUGAGCACGUUUCAGGCCAUUUCCUGUCAUUUGAGGGCGACUUUGCAAAAGGGGUGUCCUACCGCUUUUGACCAGAGGUGGCGCUGCACAUGUCCGACGGUUAGGGUUAGGGUGAGACUUUGGGCAAGGGGUUAGGGUUAGGGCUGGAGCUAUGGUUAGGGUUAGUUGUGGAGCUAGGGUUGGAGCUAGGGUUAGGGUUAGGGUUGGAGCUAGGGUUAGGGUUAGGGUUAGGAAAAUGUGAAGAUUUUCCCAAAAUCUGAAGAUUUUCCUAAGUGCGGACCCAAUUUUUCACCUUCCAGAAUUGUGUUAGGAGCACGUUUCAGGCCACGGGGAGUCCAUAGAACCUGAUUCUGGGUGAAGUUUUCGGGGGUUGGAGCUUUGGGGCAGGAUAUAGGGAUAUGUGCCACUUUUGACAUGGCGGUUCAUUGCCUUUCCCAUCGAUGAACCGGGCUGAGAUUUGGUCUACCCCCCCAUUUUCGGGUAUGCUGAAUCUAGAAAUAGUAAUGAACCAGCGAUCGGACAUUCCUAUCAAAAGUUAUGGCGAAGUGAAAAUUUCCCAUUGAAAAUGAAUGGGAGCGGAAAAUGGCCAAAGUCAGUGUUUGCAAGUGUUGUACUUGUCUGGAAAUGUUGAAAAUGCAUUGUGAGCACGUUUCAGGCCAUUUCCUGUCAUUUGAGGGCGACUUUGCAAAAGGGGUGUCCUACCGCUUUUGACCAGAGGUGGCGCUGCACAUGUCCGACGGUUAGGGUUAGGGUGAGACUUUGGGCAAGGGGUUAGGGUUAGGGCUGGAGCUAUGGUUAGGGUUAGUUGUGGAGCUAGGGUUGGAGCUAGGGUUAGGGUUAGGGUUAGGGUUAGGGUUAGGGUUAGGGUUAGGGUUAGGGUUAGGGUUAGGGUUAGGGGUUAGGGUUAGGGUUAGGGUUAGGGUUAGGGUUAGGGUUAGGGUUAGGGUUAGGGUUAGGGUUAGGGUUAGGUUAGGGUUAGGGUUAGGGUUAGGGUUAGGGUUAGGGUUAGGGUUAGGGUUAGGGUUAGGGUUAGGGUUAGGGUUAGGGUUAGGGUUAGGGUUAGGGUUAGGGUUAGGGUUAGGGUUAGGGUUAGGGUUAGGGUUAGGGUUAGGGUUAGGGUUAGGGUUAGGGUUAGGGUUAGGGUUAGGGUUAGGGUUAGGGUUAGGGUUAGGGUUAGGGUUAGGGUUAGGGUUAGGGUUAGGGUUAGGGUUAGGGUUAGGGUUAGGGUUAGGGUUAGGGUUAGGGUUAGGGUUAGGGUUAGGGUUAGGGUUAGGGUUAGGGUUAGGGUUAGGGUUAGGGUUAGGGUUAGGGUUAGGGUUAGGGGUUAGGGUUAGGGUUAGGGUUAGGGUUAGGGUUAGGGGUUAGGGUUAGGGUUAGGAUAUAGGGAUAUGUGCCACUUUUGACAUGGCGGUUCAUUGCCUUUCCCAUCGAUGAACCGGGCUGAGAUUUGGUCUACCCCCCCAUUUUCGGGUAUGCUGAAUCUAGAAAUAGUAAUGAACCAGCGAUCGGACAUUCCUAUCAAAAGUUAUGGCGAAGUGAAAAUUUCCCAUUGAAAAUGAAUGGGAGCGGAAAAAUGGCCAAAGUCAGUGUUUGCAAGUGUUGUACUUGUCUGGAAAUGUUGAAAAUGCAUUGUGAGCACGUUUCAGGCCAUUUCCUGUCAUUUGAGGGCGACUUUGCAAAAGGGGUGUCCUACCGCUUUUGACCAGAGGUGGCGCUGCACAUGUCCGACGGUUAGGGUUAGGGUGAGACUUUGGGCAAGGGGUUAGGGUUAGGGCUGGAGCUAUGGUUAGGGUUAGUUGUGGAGCUAGGGGGUUGGAGCUAGGGUUAGGGUUAGGGUUGGAGCUAGGGUUAGGGUUAGGGUUAGGAAAAUGUGAAGAUUUUCCCAAAAUCUGAAGAUUUUCCUAAGUGCGGACCCAAUUUUUCACCUUCCAGAAUUGUGUUAGGAGCACGUUUCAGGCCACGGGGAGUCCAUAGAACCUGAUUCUGGGUGAAGUUUUCGGGGGUUGGAGCUUUGGGGCAGGAUAUAGGGAUAUGUGCCACUUUUGACAUGCCGGUUCAUUGCCUUUCCCAUCGAUGAACCGGGCUGAGAUUUGGUCUACCCCCCCAUUUUCGGGUAUGCUGAAUCUAGAAAUAGUAAUGAACCAGCGAUCGGACAUUCCUAUCAAAAGUUAUGGCGAAGUGAAAAUUUCCCAUUGAAAAUGAAUGGGAGCGGAAAAAUGGCCAAAGUCAGUGUUUGCAAGUGUUGUACUUGUCUGGAAAUGUUGAAAAUGCAUUGUGAGCACGUUUCAGGCCAUUUCCUGUCAUUUGAGGGCGACUUUGCAAAAAGGGGUGUCAUACCGCUUUUGACCAGAGGUGGCGCUGCACAUGUCCGACGGUUAGGGUUAGGGUGAGACUUUGGGCAAGGGGUUAGGGUUAGGGCUGGAGCUAUGGUUAGGGUUAGUUGUGGAGCUAGGUUAGGGUUAGGUUGGAGCUAGGGUUAGGGUUAGGGUUGGAGCUAGGGUUAGGGUUAGGGUUAGGAAAAUGUGAAGAUUUUCCCAAAAUCUGAAGAUUUUCCUAAGUGCGGACCCAAUUUUUCACCUUCCAGAAUUGUGUUAGGAGCACGUUUCAGGCCACGGGGAGUCCAUAGAACCUGAUUCUGGGUGAAGUUUUCGGGGGUUGGAGCUUUGGGGCAGGAUAUAGGGAUAUGUGCCACUUUUGACAUGCCGGUUCAUUGCCUUUCCCAAUGAUGAACCGGGCUGAGAUUUGGUCUACCCCCCCAUUUUCGGGUAUGCUGAAUCUAGAAAUAGUAAUGAACCAGCGAUCGGACAUUCCUAUCAAAAGUUAUGGCGAAGUGAAAAUUUCCCAUUGAAAAUGAAUGGGAGCGGAAAAAUGGCCAAAGUCAGUGUUUGCAAGUGUUGUACUUGUCUGGAAUGUUGAAAAUGCAUUGUGAGCACGUUUCAGGCCAUUUCCUGUCAUUUGAGGGCGACUUUGCAAAAGGGGUGUCAUACCGCUUUUGACCAGAGGUGGCGCUGCACAUGUCCGACGGUUAGGGUUAGGGUGAGACUUUGGGCAAGGGGUUAGGGUUAGGGCUGGAGCUAUGGUUAGGGUUAGUUGUGGAGCUAGGGUUAGGGUUAGGGUUGGAGCUAGGGUUAGGGUUAGGGUUGGAGCUAGGGUUAGGGUUAGGGUUAGGAAAAUGUGAAGAUUUUCCCAAAAUCUGAAGAUUUUCCUAAGUGCGGACCCAAUUUUUCACCUUCCAGAAUUGUGUUAGGAGCACGUUUCAGGCCACGGGGAGUCCAUAGAACCUGAUUCUGGGUGAAGUUUUCGGGGGUUGGAGCUUUGGGGCAGGAUAUAGGGAUAUGUGCCACUUUUGACAUGCCGGUUCAUUGCCUUUCCCAUCGAUGAACCGGGCUGAGAUUUGGUCUACCCCCCAUUUUCGGGUAUGCUGAAUCUAGAAAUAGUAAUGAACCAGCGAUCGGACAUUCCUAUCAAAAGUUAUGGCGAAGUGAAAAUUUCCCAUUGAAAAUGAAUGGGAGCGGAAAAUGGCCAAAGUCAGUGUUUGCAAGUGUUGUACUUGUCUGGAACUGUUGAAAAUGCAUUGUGAGCACGUUUCAGGCCAUUUCCUGUCAUUUGAGGGCGACUUUGCAAAAGGGGUGUCAUACCGCUUUUGACCAGAGGUGGCGCUGCACAUGUCCGACGGUUAGGGUUAGGGUGAGACUUUGGGCAAGGGGUUAGGGUUAGGGCUGGAGCUAUGGUUAGGGUUAGUUGUGGAGCUAGGGUUAGGGUUAGGGUUGGAGCUAGGGUUAGGGUUAGGGUUGGAGCUAGGGUUAGGGUUAGGGUUAGGAAAAUGUGAAGAUUUUCCCAAAAUCUGAAGAUUUUCCUAAGUGCGGACCCAAUUUUUCACCUUCCAGAAUUGUGUUAGGAGCACGUUUCAGGCCACGGGGAGUCCAUAGAACCUGAUUCUGGGUGAAGUUUUCGGGGGUUGGAGCUUUGGGGCAGGAUAUAGGGAUAUGUGCCACUUUUGACAUGCCGGUUCAUUGCCUUUCCCAUCGAUGAACCGGGCUGAGAUUUGGUCUACCCCCCCAUUUUCGGGUAUGCUGAAUCUAGAAAUAGUAAUGAACCAGCGAUCGGACAUUCCUAUCAAAAGUUAUGGCGAAGUGAAAAUUUCCCAUUGAAAAUGAAUGGGAGCGGAAAAAUGGCCAAAGUCAGUGUUUGCAAGUGUUGUACUUGUCUGGAACUGUUGAAAAUGCAUUGUGAGCACGUUUCAGGCCAUUUCCUGUCAUUUGAGGGCGACUUUGCAAAAGGGGUGUCAUACCGCUUUUGACCAGAGGUGGCGCUGCACAUGUCCGACGGUUAGGGUUAGGGUGAGACUUUGGGCAAGGGGUUAGGGUUAGGGCUGGAGCUAUGGUUAGGGUUAGCUGUGGAGCUAGGGCUGGAGCCAGGCCAGGGCCAGGCCAGGCCAGGCCAGGCCAGGGCCAGGCCAGGCCAGGCCAGGCCAGGCCAGGCCAGGCCAGGCCAGGCCAGGCCAGGCCAGGCCAGGCCAGGCCAGGCCAGGCCAGGCCAGGCCAGGCCAGGCCAGGCCAGGCCAGGCCAGGCCAGGCCAGGGCCAGGCCAGGCCAGGCCAGGCCAGGCCAGGCCAGGCCAGGCCAGGCCAGGCCAGGCCAGGCCAGGCCAGGCCAGGCCAGGCCAGGCCAGGCCAGGCCAGGCCAGGCCAGGCCAGGCCAGGCCAGGCCAGGCCAGGCCAGGCCAGGCCAGGCCAGGCCAGGCCAGGCCAGGCCAGGCCAGGCCAGGCCAGGCCAGGCCAGGCCAGGCCAGGCCAGGCCAGGCCAGGCCAGGCCAGGCCAGGCCAGGCCAGGCCAGGCCAGGGCCAGGCCAGGCCAGGCCAGGCCAGGCCAGGCCAGGCCAGGCCAGGCCAGGCCAGGCCAGGCCAGGCCAGGCCAGGCCAGGCCAGGCCAGGCCAGGGCCAGGCCAGGCCAGGCCAGGCCAGGCCAGGCCAGGCCAGGGCCAGGCCAGGCCAGGCCAGGCCAGGCCAGGCCAGGCCAGGCCAGGCCAGGCCAGGCCAGGCCAGGCCAGGCCAGGCCAGGCCAGGCCAGGCCAGGCCAGGGCCAGGCCAGGCCAGGCCAGGCCAGGCCAGGCCAGGCCAGGCCAGGGCCAGGCCAGGCCAGGCCAGGGCCAGGCCAGGCCAGGCCAGGCCAGGCCAGGCCAGGCCAGGCCAGGCCAGGCCAGGCCAGGCCAGGCCAUGGGCCAGGCCAGGCCAGGCCAGGCCAGGCCAGGCCAGGCCAGGCCAGGCCAGGCCAGGCCAGGCCAGGCCAGGCCAGGCCAGGCCAGGCCAGGCCAGGCCAGGGCCAGGCCAGGCCAGGCCAGGCCAGGCCAGGCCAGGCCAGGCCAGGCCAGGCCAGGCCAGGCCAGGCCAGGCCAGGCCAGGCCAGGCCAAGGCCAGGCCAGGCCAGGCCAGGCCAGGCCAGGCCAGGCCAGGCCAGGCCAGGCCAGGCCCAGGCCAGGGCCAGGCCAGGCCAGGCCAGGCCAGGCCAGGCCAGGCCAGGCCAGGCCAGGCCAGGCCAGGCCAGGCCAGGCCAGGCCCAGGCCAGGCCAGGCCAGGCCAGGCCAGGCCAGGCCAGGGCCAGGCCAGGCCAGGCCAGGCCAGGCCAGGCCAGGCCAGGCCAGGCCAGGCCAGGGCCAGGCCCAGGCCAGGCCAGGCCAGGCCAGGCCAGGCCAGGCCAGGCCAGGCCAGGCCAGGCCAGGCCAGGCCAGGCCAGGCCAGGCCAGGCCAGGCCAGGCCAGGCCAGGCCAGGCCAGGCCAGGCCAGGCCCAGGCCAGGCCAGGCCAGGCCAGGCCAGGCCAGGCCAGGCCAGGCCAGGCCAGGCCAGGCCAGGCCAGGCCAGGCCAGGCCAGGGCCAGGCCAGGCCAGGCCAGGGCCAGGCCAGGCCAGGCCAGGCCAGGCCAGGCCAGGGCCAGGCCAGGCCAGGCCAGGCCAGGCCAGGCCAGGGCCCAGGCCAGGCCAGGGCCAGGCCAGGCCAGGCCAGGCCAGGCCAGGCCAGGCCAGGCCAGGGCCAGGGCCAGGCCAGGCCAGGCCAGGCCAGGCCAGGCCAGGCCAGGCCAGGCCAGGCCAGGGCCAGGCCAGGCCAGGCCAGGCCAGGCCAGGCCAGGCCAGGCCAGGCCAGGCCAGGCCAGGCCAGGCCAGGCCAGGCCAGGCCAGGCCAGGCCAGGCCAGGGCCAGGCCAGGCCAGGCCAGGCCAGGCCAGGCCAGGCCAGGCCAGGCCAGGCCAGGCCAGGCCAGGCCAGGCCAGGCCAGGCCAGGCCAGGCCAGGCCAGGCCAGGCCAGGCCAGGCCAGGCCAGGCCAGGCCAGGCCAGGCCAGGCCAGGCCAGGCCAGGCCAGGCCAGGCCAGGCCAGGCCAGGCCAGGCCAGGCCAGGCCAGGCCAGGCCAGGCCAGGCCAGGCCAGGCCAGGCCAGGCCAGGCCAGGCCAGGCCAGGCCAGGCCAGGCCAGGCCAGGCCAGGCCAGGCCAGGCCAGGCCAGGCCAGGCCAGGCCAGGCCAGGCCAGGCCAGGCCAGGCCAGGCCAGGCCAGGGCCAGGGCCAGGGCCAGGGCCAGGCCAGGCCAGGCCAGGCCAGGCCAGGCCAGGCCAGGCCAGGCCAGGCCAGGCCAGGCCAGGCCAGGCCAGGCCAGGCCAGGGCCAGGCCAGGCCAGGGCCAGGCCAGGCCAGGGCCAGGCCAGGCCAGGGUUAGGUUAGGGCCAGGGCCAGGGCCAGGGCCAGGGUUAGGGCCAGGCCAGGUUAGGGCCAGGGUUAGGGCCAGGGUUAGGGUUAGGGUUAGGGUUAGGGCCAGGGUUAGGGUUAGGGUUAGGUUAGGCCAGGGUUAGGAGGUUAGGGUUAGGGUUAGGGUUAGGGUUAGGAUAUAGGGAUAUGUGCCACUUUUGACAUGGCGGUUCAUUGCCUUUCCCAUCGAUGAACCGGGCUGAGAUUUGGUCUACCCCCCCAUUUUCGGGUAUGCUGAAUCUAGAAAUAGUAAUGAACCAGCGAUCGGACAUUCCUAUCAAAAGUUAUGGCGAAGUGAAAAUUUCCCAUUGAAAAUGAAUGGGAGCGGAAAAAUGGCCAAAGUCAGUGUUUGCAAGUGUUGUACUUGUCUGGAAAUGUUGAAAAUGCAUUGUGAGCACGUUUCAGGCCAUUUCCUGUCAUUUGAGGGCGACUUUGCAAAAAGGGGUGUCCUACCGCUUUUGACCAGAGGUGGCGCUGCACAUGUCCGACGGUUAGGGUUAGGGUGAGACUUUGGGCAAGGGGUUAGGGUUAGGGCUGGAGCUAUGGUUAGGGUUAGUUGUGGAGCUAGGGUUGGAGCUAGGGUUAGGGUUAGGGUUGGAGCUAGGGUUAGGGUUAGGGUUAGGAAAAUGUGAAGAUUUUCCCAAAAUCUGAAGAUUUUCCUAAGUGCGGACCCAAUUUUUCACCUUCCAGAAUUGUGUUAGGAGC